AUGCUGCGCUUGUACGACAUCAACACAACUCUGAUCGGGAUUCGCCGACCUUAUGCCAAGCCACUCCAGUACCUUACACUUGCCCUGGUCCAGACCUGUCAGUCCUGGGAAACUAUCGAGACGCAAGUGAAGGCAAUGGCCGGCAAGAAAAAGGCCUGGCAUCGGUUCAUCUUUAGGGCAUGGCAAGGGAGCCGGAUCGCUCACGAUGAGGGCGUGAGGAGGAGUCAACGUGCUUUCCUGGAUUCAUUUAAGAAGAUCGGACAGUAG